UCCGGGGCCUAUUUAGGGCGGGCGCGCGCGCGGGCGAGGCAGAGCUUCGCCGCCCGGGUUUCUGGCGCCCGCUGCCCCUUAAUCCUGCCGGUUCGACUGCCACACCCGCGCCGCCACUUGGGUAGCCCCAUGGCCGCGACCUACGAGAUCAGCAACGUGUUCAGCAACUACUUCAGCACCAUGUACAGCCCCGAGGAGCCUGCGCUGGCCCCCGUCCCCGCCGCCGCCUCCUCCUUUGGGGCCGACGACCUCGUGUUGUCCCUGAGCAAUGCCCAGAUGCCACCGGAGGGCCCUGAGAAGGCCAGCUGGUCCCGGGAGCAGCCCCAGUUCUGGUCCAAGGCCCAGGUUCUGGACUGGAUCAGCUACCAGGUGGAGAAGAACAAGUUCGACGCCAGCACCAUCGACUUCUCGCGCUGCGACAUGGAUGGCGCGGCGCUCUGCAGCUGCGCCCCCGAGGAGCUGCGGCUGGUCUUCGGGCCCCUGGGGGACCAGCUCUACGCCCAGCUGUGGGACCUCACCACCAGCUUCUCCGACGAACUCAGCUGGAUCAUCGACCUGCUGGAGCAGGACAGCACGCCCUUCCAGGAGAGCCUGGGGGACCCCGGCCCCUUCGACCAGGGCAGCCCCUUCAGCCAGGAGACGCCCGAGGGCCGGCAGCAGCCCAGCCCCUACACCCCGGGCAGCUACGGGGCAGGGGCCCCGUCCCCGGGCUGCUCGGAAGUCUCCACCGCAGGCACGGGUGCUUCUCAGAGCUCCCCCUGCUCGGACUCCGGGGGAAGCGACGUGGACCUCGACCCCCCCGACAGCAAGCUCUUCUCCAGGGACGGCUUCCCUGACUACAGGAAGGGGGACCCCAAGCACGGGAAGCGCAAGCGGGGCCGGCCCCGGAAGCUCAGCCGGGAGUCCCGGGAGAGCCUGGACAGCAAGAAGAGCAAGCACGCCCCCAGGGGCACGCACCUGUGGGAGUUCAUCCGGGACAUCCUCCUGCACCCCGAGCGGAACGAGGGCCUGAUGAAGUGGGAGGACCGGCAGGAGGGCGUGUUCAAGUUCCUGCGCUCGGAGGCCGUGGCCCAGCUGUGGGGCCAGAAGAAGAAGAACAGCAGCAUGACCUACGAGAAGCUCAGCCGGGCCAUGAGGUACUACUACAAGCGGGAGAUCCUGGAGCGGGUGGACGGCCGGCGGCUGGUCUACAAGUUCGGCAGGAACUCCAGCGGCUGGAAGGAGGAGGAGGUGGCUGGGAGUCGGAACUGAGGGCCCGAGGGGCCGAGACAGACGCGUGGGCUUGGGGCCGGCGGCCCCUCGAGCGAGGACCGCUGGGCUGCGGGGGGAGCAGAGGCUCCGCGGCCUCUGCCGCCACCUCCCCAUGGAGUUACGAGCCCAGGGUUCGAAGGGACUGGCCCGCCGACGACACUCCACGCGGGGCUCCUCCGGCGCCUCCUGACGCCCGGCGCAGACCCUGCUGCGGGCGCCGCCGCCAUCCCUUGGGGGCCUGGACGGAGGCCGGGAGGCCCAGGGCGCCGUGAGCGAGAGGACAGGGCCCUGCGCCUCGUUGCUGGACUGGCUUCCGCCCCCACCGAAGCCUGGGCUCCGCGGGCGGGGGCCAGAGCGCCCCCUAACUUAUGUGCCACAAAGACGGCAGAUGUACAUAGAGAUCUAUUUUUUCUAGGACGUUCCCCUGACCAUUCCCAGCCCUGGACCAGGCCAGCGGGGGGCGAGGGUGCUGGACGCUCAGGGCGGGGCUCCGGCUCCUUCCCCCCCGAGCGGAGGCAGAGAUCUACCUCCAAUAAAGUGCCUCCUGGGCUGUUUGUAA